AUGUGGAGCAGACUUGUGCUGACAGCCGGCCGCUUCCCCGGGGGGACCUGCCCCUGUGGGACGGGAAGCCCUCUGAAGGGCCCCAUGCACGUUGGUCUCAGAAGCGCUUCGGGGUUGAGUGGAGACUCGGCACCACACGAAGAAGACGCAGAGCAUCCUCAGGUGGCCCAGGGACCAGCCGGUCUGCAGGUUACCCUCCAGGGCGGCAUCUUCCUUGGCUUCAGCCCAUGGCUCUGCCCACGAGCAGAUAGUCUCAGCCUAGGUGAGCACGUGGCUUUCUCUUCCUCUGACUUUGACAUCUCCUUUCUUGCUUCCUUCACCUUCUUUCACCUUCUUCCUGCCGGCUGGUCCCUGUGGGCCGACAACUUGGUUGUACUGGCUGCUGGAAUCCAAGACUCAGCCAGCGUGGGUUCUGAGUGGGAGCCUGGGUCAUCCACUCAGGAGGGUUGGCUAGCACUGUUCGUUCUGGAUUUCCCAGGACUGCCCUAUCCUGUGCCUCUGACUGCUGAGCCAUGGAAAACCCAUCCUGAUACCAUGUCAGGAUCCACUUAUGGUUCAGUUGGAAGAAUGAUGACCUUCUUAAAGGCAGUGGCAUUUGUUUCCUUUACACUUCGGAAACAUUUUGGCAUGGUGGACGAAGUUAGUCCUCAGUAG